AGAACCCCGCGAGGCAGGGUGAGGGGCGCCACAGAGGAAGCGCCCACCGGGCUUCCCGGGCUGCCAGGCCCCGAAUUGAGGAAGUUGACUGCCAGAUCACACUCUGUUGGCCCACGCAGAUAGAUUCCAUUCAUCCUUUCUAAUGUCUACACCAUAUUUUGGAUAACAUGCCAUCAUCUCACAUUGUGUUGAAAGAAGAAACCAGAAUGUUGGGGGCUGCUCAAAUAAUUAUUGGUCUGAUCCACAGUGCUCUGGGAAAAACCUGGAUACAUUUAUAUAUUAAUCAAUCCACUUCAUUUUCAACAAUCUACUUGCCUAUAGUCUUUAUAUCAGGAUUCCCAUUUUUGGCAUCCUUAAUUUAUAUUAUAUCAGGAAUUUUUGCAAUAGUAGCAGAGAAGAAACGUUCACCAAUGUUGUUGAUGUAUGCCAUAUGGAUGAAUUUAAACAGUUUCGGCCUUGCAAUAAUUGGUAUACUUCUAAUUGCAUGUGAAAUUAUACUCUUUUUAACGAAAGAUGAAACUAUUCAGUGGCCACAUAAAAGUGGAAUCAUGCUUUCAAUGUAUUUGUGGGUAUUCUCCACCUUGGAGUUGAUCUUGGCAAAUACAGUGACCAGAUGGAUAAAAAAAGCAAAUCAUCAUGGCAACAAUACCACGUAAUGUACCCAGUAACAGAGGGAGCAAAGCAAAUCUUAUCCUCAAAGAACUGCAGCUGCUUGUUAGAUCUACCUGGUGGUUCCAUAGAGAAACUGCUCAGAGAACCUGCCUUUACCUCGCCUAAAAUAGAACUAUCCCAGAGCUUAGCAAAGGAGUCCAUUCAUCCUCUAUAACUGCUAUACAAUAUCUUUGUUAAAAUGCUGAGAAGAUUUAUCCUAAAAGAAGGCACCAAAGCAAUGGGGGCUGUGCAAAUAAUGAUUGGCCUGAUUCACAGUGCACUGGGAACUCUCUGGAUUCAUUGGAUUUUGCUAAGAGAGGAUUCAGGUGGUUCUGGUCCUAUCCCUAUAAUUGCUGUAGUAAUUUACUCAUUUUUGUCAUCAUUUUUUUUCAUCAACUCAGGAUCCAGUAGUGUAAUACAGAAGCCUGUUACAAGAUAUAAGUGGCCUGAAUCUGAAGCUGCAAUAUCUCCAAGCUUACUUUAGCAAUUGUAAUGAACAGCAUAACUAUUUGUGUGACUACACUUGGUAUAAUUCUAUUAAGCAUGGAGACUGCAACUUUUGCAUUAAAUGCAACCACAUACAAUUGGUCAAACAUGGUUGGUAUGAUGCUUUUACAAUAUUUACUACUCUGCACCAUCUUAGAGAUGACCAUUGUAAUCAUAAUCAUCCAGUGGGUUAUAAGAGCAUUUCAUCAUGAAAAACACACUGAAGAAAGCACUUCGCCCUCGGAAAUCUCACUGUCGGAAUCCUUGGAAAUCACACCAUGCACAACUUCUGUUUCUUCAUAAUUUGCAAAGAACCAGUGUGACUCCAGUCAAGAACAAAAGAUUAAUUGUGAAUUAGCGAAGAACUCUAAUUUUUUCAAGAAGCCACAUGGAAAAGGCAUUCUAAUGAAGUCCUUUCCAUUGCUCUUUUUUCUUAGUUCUUCAAUAAAGCAUGCGAUUUGAUCACAAA